AUGUGCUGGCUCUCCCUAUCGAGCCCAGUACUGGUGCUUGUCGGCUCAAGCCCAAUGCAAAAGCAGUCUUCUCCUGAUGCUCCUCCUGCCUACGAAGCGGUGUCCUGCUCCUCCCAUUCACGCUCUUUGUCUUUGGCAACGAUUGCGCACACGCAGAGAAGAGUGACAGCGCACAUCACACUCACUGUGCCGUCCAAUCAGAAAACAAUUUACGUACUCAUCAGUCUCACUGUCCGACUGGUAGCCCACGAGUCCCUCGUACACAACAAUGGCGCUUUUGAACAGAGCUGCCCCGUUGAUAUUCCAGUACGACUACCUAUACCUCCUCGUCUGGCACUGGCACCCGGCAGAAAGUACACAUUUGAUGCUGAGCUUCCAUCUUCUAGCAGCAUGCCGCCCAGCGUACAGCUGCCCGAUGCGAGGCGUAGAUACAAGCUCUGCGUCUGCGCCAAGACCUUGCCCGCCAAUUGCACAGAGACCUGGCUAUCCACCUUGUUGCAAGCAAGAUCGCUCGCCGACUGUACAGACCUGCUCGUAGUUCAGACGCAUGAACUCGAGUCGGUUCACUUUUCGGAUGUAAAGUAUCUGACGAUCGACCGACUUGGGCGUAUAUGUAUCUCGAUCUCUCGAUGGCCCUGGACUAUCGGCGAGAGCACCACGCUCAACAUCUCAUGCGACAGUCUGGUGGGCGGAGCGCAGAUCACCAAGAUCGACGUCAGUUUGGUUCAAGACUGUCACAUUCAUUUGCGCUGCUUGGCAAGGUCCACGUCUGCUAGGCAGCAAAAGCGUAGGCAGAGCUGGAAGCUUGCGUCCGUGUCUCUACCAGCCACCUCUUGUACCAAUCGAACUGCAGCACAAAAGGCGCAAUGCUUGGUUGCUGCUGCUAACGCGUAUCAAGUCGAGCUCGAGAUUCCGGAUCAAGUCGGUCUGCAACCUUCGGUGCCAGGGUCGACAGACUCGCGGAUAUGCGUAUCUCAUCUUGUUGAACUGACGAUCGACUUUCUCAACGCAUCGCACCAGACUUGUUCUUUCACCUACAGGCAGCCUAUCAUAGUAGCUCACUCGGAGGCCACGCACCACAGUUUCUCUGAUGUCCUGCCGGCAUAUGCCGCAGCGGAUCCAACACAGCCUUUACAGCACCAAUUUGGCAUCCGGUAUCCAUAA